GGUUGCGCAGUGACGUCAAUCUGACAUGGAGCCAGUGCUGGUGGCGGACGUUUGUUCAACCGGUUGAGAUGGAGCAAAGUUUAUUUUAACGACGGGAAGAUGACCUCAGAUCCCGUUAAAACUGAGAUCUAGAAACAUUUCCCGUGAUCAUAAGACGAUUUGAGCCUUUUAAUGGCCGCAUCAUGAAGUCUCAACUUCAGAUAACAGUUCUGUCCGCUAAGCUGCGGGACAGUAAGAAGAAUUGGUUUGGGCCCAGUCCUUACGUGGAGGUGUGUGUGGACGGCCAGUCCAAGAAGACGGAGAAAUGCACCAACACUCACAGUCCCAAAUGGAAACAGUCUCUCACUGUGAUCGUCAGCCCUUUCAGCAAGUUAAUUUUCCGGGUUUGGAGUCACCAGACACUUAAAGCCGACAUUUUGCUGGGGUUGGCCACUCUGGAGGUCAGCGAGACCUUAAAAGCCAACAAUAUGAAGAUUUCUGAGGUUGUGCAGACGUUGCAGUUGAGUUCAGACAGAGUGCGAUCGGAGGUGGUUGGAGAUCUCUCAGUGUGUUUGGAUGGACUACAGAUGGAUCCCGAGACUUUUGCUUCAGAGGAACAAAAGCACAAUUCGGCUGUAAAUGGAGAACCCAUACAGAACGGGGAUGUAGCAGGGAGUCGAGAUUCGUCCCCAUCCAGUGACAUCACUGAUGAAGCGCCGCUGUCCAAUGGUCAUGCAGUGGGAAGUACUGAGUCUUCCUCUCCAUCCGCAGGGGCUCUGAGACCACCGCGUCCAUCUCGACCUCAGCGACCGCCUCCUGCCUCGGCACAUAAACACACUUCCUCCACAGCAUCCUCUGCUGGCUCUACUCCCACACACGGCAGCAGAGCUCCCAGCCCGGAGGCGUCUCCACGAGUGUGUGUGAACGGAGAAACGGAGAGUCAAGGGUCAAGCUCAGGUUCAGGGUCAAAUCAGGCCCCCAGUGCCAGUCCAACACCACCCGUAGCUUCGCUAAUCAAUAGCAGCCCUCUUCCUCCUGGCUGGGAGCAGAGAAUGGAUCAGAACGGCCGUGUUUACUAUGUGGAUCAUAUUGAGAAAAGAACCACAUGGGAAAGACCAGAACCGCUACCACCGGGUUGGGAGCGUCGCUUGGACCCGAUGGGCCGUGUGUACUAUGUGGAUCAUAUAAUCAGAACCACCACAUGGCAAAGACCCACACUAGAGUCGGUCCGAAACUACGAGGAGUGGCAGAACCAGCGCAGUCAGCUGCAGGGAGCCAUGCACCGCUUCAACCAGAGAUUCAUCUAUGGCCAGCAGGAACAGCUUGUGCCUGCAGCUAAUAAAGAGUUUGACCCUCUGGGUCCUCUGCCGGCGGGAUGGGAGAAACGGACAGACAGUAAUAGGAGGAUGUAUUUUGUUCAUCAUCCUACGAGAUCCACGCAAUGGGAGGAUCCUCGCACACAAGGGUUGUUGAAUGAGAAGCCUUUGCCGGAGGGUUGGGAGAUGAGGUUUACGGUGGACGGGAUUCCCUAUUUCGUCGAUCACAACAGGAAAACGACGACAUAUAUCGACCCUCGUACAGGAAAAUCCUCCCUUGAGAACGGCCCUCAGAUCACAUACGUACGAGACUUUAAAGCCAAAGUGCACUAUUUCCGCUUCUGGUGUCAGCAACUAGCAAUGCCUCAGCACAUCAAGAUCCACGUCAGUCGCAAAACACUGUUCGAGGACUCAUUUCAACAGAUUAUGAGUUGCCAUCCACAAGAUCUGAGACGGAGAUUGUGGAUUAUUUUCCCAGGAGAGGAGGGUCUUGAUUAUGGAGGCGUGGCAAGGGAAUGGUUCUUCCUGCUCUCCCACGAGGUCUUGAACCCCAUGUACUGUCUGUUCGAAUAUGCCGGCAAAGACAACUACUGCCUGCAGAUUAACCCCGCGUCCUCCAUCAACCCCGAUCACCUCAAGUACUUCAAGUUCAUUGGCCGGUUCAUUGCAAUGGCUCUCUUUCAUGGAAAGUUCAUAGACACAGGCUUCUCUCUGCCCUUUUAUAAGCGCAUCCUGAAUAAACCUCUGGCUCUGAAAGACCUGGAGUCCAUCGACCCGGAGUUUUACAACUCGCUCAUCUGGAUCAAGGAUAAUAAUAUAGAGGAAUGUUGCUUGGAGAUGUUUUUCUCGGUGGAUAAAGAGAUUCUGGGAGAGGUCACCACUCAUGAACUCAAACCUGAUGGAGGAAACAUUCAGGUGACCGAGGAAAAUAAAGAGGAGUAUAUCAGGUUGGUUGCUGAGUGGAGGUUGUCCAGAGGUGUUGAGGAACAAACUCAGGCGUUCCUCGAGGGCUUUAAUGAGGUCUUGCCACAGCAGUACCUGCAAUACUUUGAUGCCAAGGAACUGGAGGUGAUGCUGUGUGGGAUGCAGGAGAUUGAUCUGGGGGACUGGCAGAGGAACGCCAUCUACAGACACUACGCUCGCAGCAGCAAACAGAUCGUCUGGUUCUGGCAGUUUGUGAAGGAGAUCGACAAUGAGAAGCGUAUGCGACUGCUGCAGUUUGUAACCGGCACAUGCCGACUACCUGUCGGGGGAUUCGCUGAUCUUAUGGGGAGCAAUGGGCCGCAGAAGUUCUGUAUUGAGAAAGUGGGAAAAGAAAACUGGCUGCCGAGGAGCCACACAUGCUUUAACCGCCUGGAUCUGCCGCCCUAUAAAAGCUACGAGCAGUUAAAGGAGAAGCUGCUGUUCGCCAUCGAGGAAACCGAAGGCUUCGGGCAAGAGUGAUGCGUGC